CCAGCUUGAUCAAUCAACCAAGCUCCAACGAACAACGCUCAAGCCCAACUCACUUUUCGACUCAUCUUUUUUUUCUUCGUUUAUUAUUAUUUGAUAUAUUUUUAUUUUAUUUUUAUUUUCCUUUUCUUUUUUUAUUUGAACAUAGUUGUCGUGGAUAUUUGUGCUGCAGUCGCCCUGAUACUUACAAACGGUUACAGUGGACAUAGCUAGACCAUACUAUAAUUGUUUGAAGUCAUCGCCUUUCAUUUUAUUUUAUACAAUACUACGGGUCUAUUUGAGCCGACGUGGGUGAGAGGGCAGCUGGGAAAAGAGAAAGAAAGGGGGGAAGAAAAAAGUAGCGAAGGGAUCAAGCGAAGGUCGGGCAAGGAAAGGAGAAGAGAGAAGAAGGAUAUUGAGAAGGAGAUAUUUAGUUUGUCAGAACGGUGGUGUUUGCUGUAUCCUUUCUGCCCGAGAGAUAAAGUUUGGUGAUGGCAGCUCCGCCUUUAGGCAUCCCCCGAAGAGAAGGGGCUCCGCUCGAUUUAAAAAGCUAUGUUCUCGGCUUCACGAAAUUCCGGGAGGAGAACCCGAAUCUUUCGCCCGGUGAAUGUGCGGAUGUGUUUUGUGGGGCAGCGACUGGGGAGCACGGUGCUGUCCCAGUUCAGGAUGAAUCUGCGGGUAGUGAUUUGAGAGCUGUCACCCAAAAGGCAGGUUCAUGUCCAGGAGGGUCUCAAUCGUUGACAUCUCCUAUUGAGAGCCAGCGAAUGUCUCAUUCUAACUCGACAUCUUCAUAUUUUGGAACAGCUCCCACAACGCAGCAGACUUUUGCCUUCAUGUCUGGCCGGUCUCCCCACCAGUAUCAGGUCUCGAAUUCAGUAACAUGUCGCCCUGGCUACCACGAGACCGCGCCGCCCCCAAAAGCCUCACAGCAUAUGUCCUUUGACGAUAUUAAAUCAAUGGUCCUCCAGAUGGGUGGCGGCGGGGACCUCGCUCUCACUGAUUAUCUCAGCCAGAACGAUAGCUCCGAGCCGUUCCCACUAGCACGGCGUUCGGUUAGUGGCGCUGCCCAGACCUUCUGCGAUGAUUCGAUCGACAAAGACUACUCUUUCAGCAUAGACGGUUCGCCGGGCAUAUGCGCACCUCCUAUGCAGCCUCAGUUAUCUAACCCCACCUCUAGGUGCUCUACCGGAGGCGACGAGAGCUACCUUGAGAGCCCGGGGUUGCUCUCCCAUCCGAUGACUCGCCAUUCCCGAAGCCAUUCAAAUGCUUCCCACAUGAGCCGGAGUUCUCACUUUUCAUCUCAGGGAGAGUCUGGGUCUCCCACCGAUCGAUUUCCCUACAUGCAAAAUUCCGGGACUCCCAUGAGCCGUCAGGCGAGUAACGCUAGUUUGACACAUGGAGCAAUGAUGCUCAGGCUCUCGUCAUCCACCGGGAACUCUACAUCUGGGAACGGUGGUGGGGAUUACGACGCUUUUUUUGGCCGAGGGGACAUGGACACGAUGCUCAAUGGUGUUGGACUUUUCGCAAGCGACGCCGAACUCUCAUCGUCGUUGGGCAAGGCUACCGGGCAACACAUGCUGAAAAGGGCCUCGAGCACGAGUGUGGAAGAUCUUGAUCACUCACUGGCCAUCGCAGUAGAACACGAGAUGCGAAGGGAUCCAUCGACCGCAUCGGAGAGCGUAAAGUCACGGAAGCCCAAGCGUGUGAAGGAGGGCGCGGAGCCCACGGCUGCUGUUCAAAAUGAGGGGGUUUCCACCACGAUCGCUACAGGACCUGGAGUCCCAGAAAAAGAAAAGCAAGGACGUCAGGCCCAACGCAAAGGGGGCUCAGGAUCAUCCGCUAAUCGCCAGGGUUCAACCACUACCGAUAAAGCAACUCAGCGAGAAUCCAACGAUAAGAUGGAGACGACCGGGAGCCUCCCUACUGGUGGCCGAGUGCUGGCAGCGUCUAAACCAGGAAAAUCUGGCCCCAAAUACACCGCGGUAUCGACCACCAAGCCUUGCUACGUCCGACCCCCGCAUCCGAGGGUGCACUGCAAGUUCUGCAAUGAAUGCCCCGACGGAUUCAGAGGCGAUCACGAGCUCCGCCGUCAUGUGGAGCGUGAACACGCCCCCACUCGCAAAAUGUUCGUUAUCAAGGACAUCUCCGAAGAUGGUCAGUUUCUGGCUAAAUGCAAGGCGUGUCAAUCCGGGAAAAGGUAUGGAGUCGACUACAAUGCUGCGGCGCAUCUCAGGCGGCAGCACUUCACCAAAAAAGAUGAGAAGAAAAAGAAGUUGCCAUUUGACAGUUCUGCCCCUGAAAUGGCAGACUUGCGGAAGUGGAUUGAAGAAGUCCAAGUGGUAGUAGACGAUGACGUGGAAUACUCACCAGAAUUGCCGCGGGGAAAGGAUGUUUCGAAGGCGGAUAAUCCGCGGGAGCGUGUCGACAAGGAAUCCACUAGCGCUCGCGAAGGCCUUAAGGAGGAAGACAUAUCACGGGUGUCCUGCUCAAGGAAAACCGCCGCAGGAAAUUGCACAGCACCGGUAGUGGUCCAAGACGGGGUAUUGGAUGUGUCGGACAUUCCCCCAGAACAAACAACUUUUGGCAGCAUCCCGUGGGAACGGCCCGACAACUGGUAUGAGCCUUGUGGCGUCUUUGAUCUCUCCCAUAAUUAUGGAGUUCAAUUUACCGUCUCAGGCGGUUCCAUACCGCUGGCAGACGCCCUGAAUCGUCAAGAUAAUGCAGCUGGGGAACAGAGCGGCAUGACACUACCCCAACAUCAAAUAUUGGCGCAUCUGUUACAGGCCGGACGGGCCGUGCAGCCUCCAACGGGCGGGGAAACUGCCAGUACAAUCUUCGCCAACCUCCCGGGCCCUGCUGCCACCAAGGGUACUUCGGGGGUCUUCUGCGAUGACGAUUUAGCAAUGGCCAUUCCGGGCCCUGAGCCCAUUUUCGAGGUCGAGGACUUUUCCUAGAAGACUUGUCGAUCCUACCCCCUUGUCCUUUUUCCUUUUUUAUGUUUCUUGUUUUCUCUUCUCUUCCCCCUUUGUAUUGCUUUCUUGUCACUGGGUAUUUACUUUGUUUUAACGUUUGGAGUUAUGUUGAUGCUUUUCCACUGGUUUUGUUUGCCUCUAUAUGGCUACGCCACUCGUUUUUCCAAACUAAAAAGAAAGAAAAAACAACUCACACGCUUUGCGUCUAUAUCCUGGAUUUUAUUUCUAUUUUACGCCGAUUCUGGAGUUUGGUUCUGUUCUCAUAAAGCUUUUUGGUAAGGAGUUGGGGACAAGGCGCGGUCUCUUUUUAUUAUUCUUAUCAUCGCUAUUAACGUUAUUACUACUAUUUAUACCAGUAUUGCAAGGCGAGUACGAUUGUGUUUUGUUUUGUUUUCUCGUUUAUUGUUGUCCCUUCACUUUCUCCUCUUUCCAAUCUUCAGUUGUUGAUAUUUCCACGAUUUUCCUUGAUUCCCCAUUUUUUUUUCCCUCUAACGAGAUACAUAAAUUUCAAUUUCCCUAACGAUUUCCUUUAUCUUUGUUUAUUUCGUUUGGUGCUUUUUAUUGUUUUUUCUUUUCUUUCCUUUUCUUCUUCUGAUCUCGAUUUGUUUCAACGGGUAGCAACAAAGCGCUGAGAUGUUUGGGCAAAAGUGGGGAAAGGCGGGGCGGGGGAUUGGAGAAAGGGGGUGUUUUUCUAGAAAGUGCCGUAUGAAUAAAUCAACCAUCAAU